AUGAAACCAGACACUUUCAAUGGCAAGAUUGACGGCUUCAAGAAUGGAAUAAAUUCGAAAGCAAAUAUCACCAUGCCACAAUAUUUAGACCCACGCUUCACAUGGCUAUGGUGCAAUGCAUUUCAUGAUGACGAUCUGGACGAUACUGCAUGGGAGACAAGCUUUGAGUUGCAAGUUCCACCAGGCUUAAGAUUGGGGAUGCUGUGGUCUGCAUAUCUGAAUAUUACCAAACCGCCACUUGUUGCUCUGAUCAUGCCUACUUUCACGUACUUGGCAUAUGCAAAUGAGCGUCUCUACGACGAGACGAGAGAGAUUCAUUUCGCAGCCGAGAAAGUGAAACAGGACAGAUACUUCGACACCCUCAAGGAGCGCGCUGACCUUAGUAUCUUGUUGUAUGAUGGCCACAGCAACGGUUCAGGCCUGAGAGGGUUUAUGACCGAUUUUUGGUACAUCGGCUUCCUCGAGCGCGAAAUCGGCUCACGAGGCUACAAUCUGAUCACAGACCACGACAUUAGUGAAUAUGGUGCACCGCUACUGAAGCGAUACAAAGUCUUGCUCUCGGGUAGUCGUCCAGAAUAUCCAACUUACAACAUACUGAACUCCUACGCUUCUUUCCUCGAGGAUGGUGGGCACUUCGUGUAUCUCGGCGGCAACAGAUACUACUGGAUGACUGCAUAUGAUCCGUCCCGUUCCCACCGCAUAGAGGUUCGUCGUACCGACCAAGGCUGCAGAACAAUUAGCCUACCCGCAGGCAACAGGCAUCACUCUCUUACCGGCGAAAUCGGAGGUCUAUGGCGUACCAGAGGUCGUCCACCAACCCAGCUAUUUGGCAUUGGGUCAUGCGCCAUGAGCGUAGCUGAUGGAGUCGGAUACGGCAUCACAGAAGAAACACGGUCAGAUGCUAGGCUGGCAUUCCUCUUUUACGGCGCUGGACUUGAGACUGCAAAGAAUAUUCGAGACCUCAGACUUGUACAGGGAACUGCAUCUGGAGAUGAGAUUGAUCGUCUUGACUACGGAAAUGCUGUGAUUAUUGCGGCGAGUAGGCUUGCAGGCGGUCAUUCGGAUGAGUUCCUCAUGUUCAAUGAAGAAAGCAUGUUUCCUAUGACGAACGCCACUGGCACGACUUCUGACAAGAUACGAAGUGAUCUGGUCUUCUACCAGACUGCCGCUGGAGGGCGCGGUCUUCUCGGUGGGUCCCAUGAACUGGGUUGGUGCCUUGGCAUGGAUGAACUAUGA